GGCAGUGAAAGGAAAUUGGGGUACGACACCACAACGCAGCGACCGCAGUGUUUCCAGGUUGGCGACGCUGUAUGUACAAGAGGCUGCAACAUGCUGAUGCGAGUCAGUGUGCCCUGUCGGGCAACUGGCCACACCACAGUGACCACUCUGCAUGGCAUGACUGGAGACGUCGACAGCGGGUGGCCUCGAGUCAACCGGAUUCCCAUCUCCUAUCCUUCCCAACUACGAGCCCGCUUUCAUGAAUUCAUGAUGCAGUGCAGCUCAGGUAAGCACGGUAUAAAGGCCGCAACGGUCCCUUCCUUCCUGCUUUCUAUUCCCAUUCCCAUUCCAGUUUCCAUACAUGGAAAAGUUGGUUUCACAUAAACCUCCAAGUGUCCCGGUCCGUUGGAGUUUAAACUACUCACCAAAGCUCGAACCUUACCCCAUAAUCGUUCACCAUGAGCGAUAAAGAGCUCGAGAGCAUCAGCGCUUUUGGCCCAGCCCGGGCGACGGUCAAGGGCACGGCCCUUUCCGAGGAUGAAAUCAAAAAGUACAAUGACUUCUUCAAGGCCAGCCUGUACCUCAGCCUCGGCAUGAUCUACCUACGCAAGAAUCCCCUCCUGAAAGAGCCGCUCAAGAAGGAGCACCUCAAGGCCCGGCUCCUCGGCCACUUUGGCUCUGCUCCCGGUCAGAUCUUCACUUACAUGCAUUUCAACCGGCUGAUCAAGAAGUACGAUCUGGACGCCUUCUUUAUCUCAGGCCCCGGCCACGGCGCCCCCGCCGUGCUGUCGCAGGCAUACCUCGAGGGCACCUACUCCGAGGUGUAUCCCGACAUGUCCGAGGACGAGGAGGGCAUGCGCAAGUUCUUCAAGCAGUUCUCGUUCCCCGGCGGCGUCGGGUCGCACGCCACUCCAGAAACCCCGGGCAGCAUCCACGAGGGCGGCGAGCUCGGCUACUCGAUAUCCCACGCCUUUGGCGCUGUGUUUGACCACCCGGACCUGAUCGCCCUCACCAUGGUCGGCGACGGUGAGGCUGAGACAGGUCCCCUGGCCACGUCGUGGCAUAGCACAAAGUUCCUCAACCCCAUCACCGACGGCGCCGUAUUGCCCGUGCUGCACCUGAACGGCUACAAGAUCAACAAUCCCACCGUCCUUGCCCGCAUCAGCCACAGGGAGCUUAAGAACCUGUUCAUCGGAUACGGGUACCAGCCUUACUUUGUCGAAGGCGACGACACUGAGUCAAUGCAUCAGGCCAUGGCGGCCACGCUCGAGCACUGCGUGCUGGAGAUCAGAAAGUAUCAAAAGCAAGCCAGGGAGUCGGGAAAGCCCUUCCGUCCGCUGUGGCCGGUCGUCAUCCUUCGCACCCCCAAGGGCUGGACUGGCCCUCGCAGGAUCGACGACAAGUACCUCGAGGGUUACUGGCGCGCCCAUCAGGUGCCCAUUACCGACGUGCACGAGAACCCAGACCACCUCAAGCUGCUCGAGAGCUGGAUGCGCAGCUACGAGCCGGACCGUCUGUUUGCCGACGGCCAAGUCAGCCAGGACCUCAAGGCGCUGUGUCCGACUGGCAACCGUCGCAUGUCUGCCAACCCCGUCGCCAACGGCGGAAUUCUGCGGAAACCGCUCAGGGUACCCGACUUCCGCGACUACGCCCUCAAGGUGGACAAACCGGCCGGCACCAUGGGCGCCAGCAUGCAGAACAUGGCCAAGUACCUACGCGACGUCAUCGCGCUGAACCCGACCAACUUCCGCCUGUUUGGGCCCGACGAGACCGAGUCCAACAAGCUUGCCGGGGUGUACGAGACCGGCAAAAAGGUCUGGAUGGGCGAGUACUUUGAGGAGGACGACGACGGCGGCAACUUGUCGCCCGCCGGCCGCGUAAUGGAGAUGCUGUCUGAGCACACGUGCGAAGGCUGGCUCGAGGGCUACGUCCUGAGCGGCCGCCACGGCCUGCUCAACAGCUACGAGCCAUUCAUCCACGUCAUCGAUUCGAUGGUGAACCAACACUGCAAGUGGCUCGAGAAGUGCCUCGAGGUGGAGUGGCGGGUAAAGGUGGCGUCGCUGAACAUUCUCCUGACGGCCGUUGUCUGGCGCCAAGAUCACAACGGUUUUACGCACCAGGACCCGGGCUUUCUCGACGUGGUGGCCAACAAAAGCCCCGAGGUGGUCCGCAUCUACCUCCCGCCCGACGGCAACUGCCUGCUGUCGUGCAUGGACCACUGUCUGCGCUCAUCCGGCUACGUCAAUGUCGUCGUCGCCGACAAGCAGGAACACCUCCAGUAUCUACGCAUGCAGGACGCCAUUGUGCACUGCACCAAGGGGAUUGGCAUCUGGCCGCAGUUCAGUACCGACGUCGGCGCCGAGCCGGACGUGGUCAUGGCGUCGUGCGGCGACAUCGCCACGCACGAGUCGCUCGCGGCCAUCGACCUGCUGCUGCAGCACUUCCCCGAGCUCAAGGUCCGCUGCGUCAACGUCGUCGACCUGUUCAAGCUCAUCUCGCACAUCGACCACCCGCACGGCCUGACGGAUGCCGAGUGGGUGUCGACCUUUACCGCCGACCGCCCCGUCAUCUUCAACUUUCACAGCUAUCCCUGGCUGGUGCACCGCCUGUCGUACAAGCGGCCCGGCGCAAGCAAGCAUCUGCAUGUGAGGGGGUACAAGGAGAAGGGGAAUAUUGACACCCCACUAGAGCUGGCCAUUCGCAACCAGACGGAUCGGUUCAGUCUGGCUAUGGAUGCCAUUGAUCGGCUGGGCGACAGGUUGGGGAAUAGGGGCGCCGCGGCGAGGGAGGCGCUGCAUAGCGCGCAGAUUAAGGCGAGGAAUCAGGCUUUUGAGGACGGGAUUGAUCCGGCUUUUUUGAAGAAUUGGAUUUGGCCUCAUACGGGGCUGUUGCAGAGGAGCAUUCCUAAGUUGAUGGGGUAAGGUGAUCAAGACAGUGCGGUGUACGUGGGUGGACGUUGGGCGCUAUCUCCCUCGUUCUUUCUUCUUCUUUUUCUUGGUUUGUACUUUUUACUUUCUGUUUUUGCUUAGAAUUGACUGACAAGAAGAAAUAUUACUUAUCAAGAUCAUGGACGAGCCUCAAAU